GUUGCAGUUAGUUGGCCAGAGCCGAAACAUGUCUUUAACCGAUCGUCGGAGUUGUAUUGGAAUAUGCUGUCUGCUGAUCGCCUGCCUCGCUUCAGCGAGCGCCCAGAGCGGCGGCGUCACCUGGAAUGCGGGCAAUGCCGCUGGCGCUGGUGCCUGGUCGAAUUCCCACGCCGGAGGCGCACCCGGCAUGCAUCCACCCGGCAGCCUGGGCAGCACUGAUCCUCAGUAUGGCUACGGCUACGCGGGCAUCGAUGCGCGUGGCCCCUACGGCGGGGCGGGCGGCAAUGGCGCCUACUACGUCAGCGGCACCGACGAGCAUGGACGACCCUUCUCCUACAACGGUGGCCAGCCCAUGCCCCCGCCGCCCGGCUAUCUGAACAACUAUGGCUACAGAAACGGCGCCUCACCAACCGCAGCGACCGCAGCGUCAGUGGGCGUGGCCCUGUGCCUAGCACUGCUGGCGGCGAGAUCUUAAAGUUGAUAACUUUUU